AUGGCCACCCCCGACGCCAAGAUCCAAGAACGCAAAAGCAAACCCCGCAACGAACUAACAGAAUACGAACUCACCCUCCUCGAAACCCACGACUUCACCUCCGGCCCGCUCUCCCUCCUGCAAACGGCCGUGCGCAACCACACGCAAGUCGUCAUCUCGUGCCGCAACAACCGCAAACUGCUCGCGCGCGUCAAGGCCUUCGACCGGCAUUGCAACAUGGUGCUCGAGAAUGUGAAGGAGAUGUGGACGGAGACGCCGCGGAAUGCGGAGGGGAAGAAGGGACGCCCCGUCAAUAAGGAUCGGUUUAUUAGCAAGAUGUUUUUGAGGGGGGAUAGUGUUAUUUUGGUGCUGUUGAGCAGUUAG